AUGCCUAUCGACUACGGGAGCAUUGAUAAGCGGGGCACGUAUUUGGAGCUUCCGCCUCUCACGAUGCCACAAAAUAGCUUCAACAAUUUUUUAUUCUAUUCAACGUAUACGUUGACAUGUUUGGAAGAUCGUGCUUGGUCUUUUGCGCUUGCCUUGGCGAUGCAAUCCUUGGGUGGAAUGAGACUUGUCUCGAUCCAACAAUUUGCUGAGGGGAUUGCAUGCAUAAUCUUGUCUGGAAUUAUUGGAAAACAUUGCGAUAAUGUUUCUAGAAAGAAAAGCAUCAUCCAGGUGGUGGCGAUGAAUAAUGCGCCGCUUAUUUUUGCAUGCUUAUGUUUUACAGUUUGCCUAUCACUCCGAGAAACCGGAUUUAAUUUGUUAUAUACACCAUUACUCGGCCUCGGGAUGGUGCUGAGCGCAAUUAAUCGAUUGGGUUUAAAUCAGGAGAAAAAUUGUUUGGCGAGGGAUUGGGUGGUGGUGCUUGCCAAAAGUGGGACACUUUCACGUUUAAAUGCUAUCCUAAUCUCGCUUGAUCAAUUGACGAAUGUAAUCACACCACUAAUUGCAGGGGCUCUUAUUUCUUUGUUGAGGCUCCAAACAACACUUGUGAUUCUUGGUAUCACUGGAUUAGCUACGAUGUUAUUAAAGGGCAUCGCACUAAUAGCACUCUUGAAACGAGAGCCAAGAUUGUUGGUGAAGGAGGUGAAGGGAGAGCUUGUUGUAAACCAUGAUGAUCCAUCAGUACCGGGCGUCCUGGCUACCUACUGGCAUCAAAAAAUAUUUUCCGCAGCUUUUGGCCUGGCCUUACUGUUUAUGACGGUUCUGAGCUUCGAUGGGUUAGCUCUGGGCUACGGGCAAUCCGCCGGACUUUCCGAUACAGUUUUGGGUGGCUUUAAGUCCUUCAGCUCACUCUGUGGGAUUUUGGGUGCAAUCAGCUAUGCUUUUGUUGAGCGCCAAAUUGGUGUCAGAAAAACGGGAUUCUUUGGAUUUACGAAAUAUUACUUU